AUGGAAAACGGAACUUUAUAUUGCAAUGUGGUUUUUGGAGAGAGUUCCCGUGUAACCAUUAACAAUAACUAUGGUUCAGUAACAAGAUUCAGAGGUGGAUUGGAUUCGCGCUCCGACAGUCUCUAUGUGAUGAGUGGUACUCUUGAGUUUCAAGCUUAUUCCAAUGUCUUCAACCUUUACACUCUUUCGGAAGCCAAUGUUGAUAUCGUAUUUUAUUCUGGUACUAUCAACCCUUUCCUCGAAGGCAAAGAAUUGUCGUUGGUUGGAAACACAGUGGUCCAAAGCUCCACCACUCUCAGCCAGUUUGACCUUGUCCAUAUCAGCAGUGGUGAUAUGCAAGUUAUUUCAGGUCAAUUGACAAUCAAGAGUUUGGCUGUGAACGGAGGAAAUCUCCUGGUCAAAAGCGAAGGUGAACUAAUUAUUCAGAGCGAUGCCGAUGUUAAUAAUGAAAUGGUUGGCAUAGUUUCUACUUCCUUCAACUCUUCGUUGCUAAUCCAAGGUAUUUUAACGAUUGAAUUCAUAACCGAUAAGAUUCAGUAUGGAGUACUAUACCCUGUGUUUAAGGCAUACAAUGGAACGAUGCUGAACAACAAUUGGUUCUCUGGUGUAAGAACAGAUGUUUUGGGAAAUGAUGGCGAUCAAAUGGCACACACCUUUAAGUACAUUGACGACACUAUCUUUGUAACUCUUACAAAAGAUACUUCCAAAUCAAAGAAUAUAUUAACAUGGUGGAAGAUCACAUUGAUCGUAGUUGGAUGUGUCCUCUUCCUUCUGCUUAUGGCUGGAUUUGGAUUUUUCUUAUGGAGACGUCAUAAACUACAGAUUGGAUAUCUAAAACUACAGCAACAUUUUAGUAUGGUUAAAUAG